UACCAUACCUACCUACCAUAUUCGUAAUAUUUUGUGAUUAGGUAUAAAAAAAACAGCAAACAUCUGAUCUCCGUCACUUAAGUACAGCAUUGGCCUUCUAAAUUCAACAUAGAAUUUCAUUUCAUUCGUUAAAUGAACGGUACCSAAAUAAUUAGGUUAUCAGCAACUGUUGAGCAAUUCUUUAUUGUUGAUGUUCACCAUGUAUAGAGUAAGCUGAUAAUCGCCAUAUCGGUGUGCCAAAAGAAAUUCGCUACAGUGAAUUGCCAACCAAUCGUGCAGUCCAAGACCUGCGUGCAAUCUAAUCGCACAAGAGACCCACUUUAGCUCCAUACGAAUUUAGCGCGAACACAGAGCGCACACGAAACGAUGGAAUCGAUUUCAAUUUUCCUAUUCGCAGCGGCAAUCAUAUCUCCUGCGGUGGCGGUUAUCCAACCCAAUGYCGUGGAAAUUCGUAUACUUUCCGAUUGUCUUCAGAGUUAUGGCGGUAUAACGGAGGAGAACUCGAAGCGUUUGGUGCGUUUUAAGGACUGGUCGGAAACGUAUGAAGAGAUACCAUGCUUUACAAAAUGCUACAUCAAGAAUAUGUUUAACAUGUUCGACGAGUCUGUGGGAUUCAACGAUGAGCAGGUGAUCAAGCAGUUCGGACAGCCGCUCCACAAGGCAUGCAAACAUCGUAUGGAACCUGCGGCAGACAGUUGUCAGCAGGCAUAUAAUGGAUUCCAUUGCCUCGUCAAUUUGGAGGAUGACCCUUUCGUGAUAAUCGAGAGCAUGAAAAAUGUCAGCACCGAGGCGAAAACCGCCAUGAAGGACUGUCUGCAUCGUUUUGAUCAGUAUGAAUGGGAGCGCGUCAAAGACUACUCCAAAAAUCCGGUGCGCGAACCCAUACCUUGCUUCACGAAAUGCUUCAUCGAACAMCUSCAACUUUAUAGYCAACAAACUCGCCAGUGGAACAUACCGGCGCUAACGGCMAAAUUGGGGGUGCCUGCCGCGGGAGCAAAUAUACAACAUUGCCUGAAGCAGAGACGCAACCGCAAUGCUUGUGUGUGGAUGUAUCAGGAGUUCACUUGUUUUGUCUUGGCUCACGAUUAACAACCGAUUCUAUAUAAGCCAAGCUGUUAGUAAAAUAUUUUUGAAAAGUAAGAGUGCAUUUAUCUUCUAAUCAGUCCGAUUCUUAUAUAACUUAGAAACACUAAUCAGUCUUCAAGCGAAUAAAACUGUGAAUGAACUCGCCUCAACCGA